CUCGAGCGCUUGCUCUGCUUUGCAGCUGAAUCUUUCUCCUAUAUUUGUGACAAGCUUUGAUAUUUAGUGUUUUUGUUCGUAAGGGGGUUCUCCGAGAUGCUGCCGUGACGUAUGCGGCUCUCCGCCAAUCACAAUCCUCAGAUCAAACAUAACCGACCAGCACUUGUCAGUGAGGGGGAAAAAAACCCACCGCGAAAUGCAGGUUAUUUUGCCAGCGGCGGUGAAAUAAACCGAAAGCGUUUCAGAUAUAGAGUCUUGUGCUCCUUUGAAGGAUUAAAUCACCAUUUCUGCCUCCUGAACAUUUUCUAUUCAUCUCCUUUCGCGUUUCGUCUUAUUUUAAGGAUGUCUGUGGCGGGGUUUAAGAAGCAGCUGCACAAAGCGAGUCAGUUAUUGAGAGAGAAGAUAAGCGGGGCAGAAGGGACAAAGCUUGAUGAAGACUUCAUGGAAAUGGAGCGGAAAAUAGAAGUCACCAACAAGUCUGUUUUUGAACUUAUAACGAAAACCACAGAAUACCUUCAGCCAAACCCAGCAUCAAGAGCCAAACUGGGAAUGCUCAACACCGUGUCUAAAAUCAGAGGGCAGGUGAAGACGACGGGUUAUCCACAGACUGAAGGGCUUUUAGGAGACUGCAUGCUGCGAUAUGGACGGGAACUGGGCGAGGAGUCCACUUUCGGAGCUGCGCUGGUGGACAUUGGUGAAGCCAUGAAGCAGAUGGCUGAUAUUAAAGAUGCCCUUGAUAUCAAUGUGAAACAGAACUUCAUUGACCCACUUCAGACUCUACAAGACAAAGACCUCAAAGAGAUUGUGCAUCAUCUGAAGAAACUGGAGGGUCGACGGUUAGACUUUGACUACGUGGAGCAGGUGAGUCAGUUAUCAGCUCUGAUUGAGGCAGCGCUGGAUUACCAUCGACAGUCCUUGGAGAUUCUGAAGGAGCUCGACAGCAAACUACAGAACAGGAUAUCCACUGCAAGCAGUCGGCCCAAAAAAGAGUUCAAGCCAAAGUUGAUUGUGUCCAGUUUGGAGACCGUCGAAACCAGGCAGCACAAUGGACUUACCCACACCUCAUCAGUCAAAAGCACAGAGUUGGAGUCACACUUGGACCAGCCCUGCUGUCGAUCGCUCUACGACUUUGAUCCAGAGAACGAGGGCGAGCUGGGCUUCAAAGAGGGCGACGUCAUCAUCCUCACCAAUCAGAUCGAUGAGAACUGGUAUGAAGGCAUGAUUAACGGCGAAUCGGGCUUCUUCCCCAUAAACUACGUCGAGGUCCUAGUGCCCCUGCCUCAAUGAGCUGAGCCAACAGCCUCGGGUCACUGACCGCAUGCCAAACCAGACUGUCUGAACCGUCCACUCACCCAACAUCCUCUGCUGCAUUCUCACCAAUGAAAGCCUUGCGUUUGACCACAGACAAUUUAGAACCUUUUACAUUUCAGUAUUUAUUUAUCUUAUUACGUU